AUGGCUACUCCUUCUAUGAUCAAUCCCCGCACUCGGUCGCGCUGGUACAUGGAGUCUCCCAUUCGCCGAGCGGCAUCUCCUUUCAAACCCAAGGGCGGUAUACACCACGCGCCUAAGCGACGGCGCAUCGGUAUGUCGUCCCUCAACGUCAACCGAUUGCUGCCAUCUUCAGACACGGACUCGAAUCGCGACCUGUACCCUCUUCGCAAUCGAUUAUUCCUCCCAAGUCCGCGCGCAACACCUCGAGUGAACAAGCGCUCCGGUGCCCCACGUCGGCCCAGACCUCCUCCACUUUUCGAGGGCGAGGAUACAAUGAGCCCUCGCAAGCGCAAACGUUCCGACGCCGAGUCCAUGUCUGACAAAAGUUGGAUUGAGACUGAGGACGAGAUGCCCGAGUUCAUAGCACAAGAUGACCAGCACCUCCUACAAUUGGCGCCUGCCUCCGCCCUCCACCGGCUACGCAAGAACGAGUUGAUUCGGCUCUGGAAAGUCUGUGGCAUGUGGCCUUCCGACGACGAGGACGAGGACAUUGGGGAACAACAAACGAAGGUCGACCUGGUCAACGGCCUGAUCAAAGCCCGCAAGAAGGUCGGGGCUCCCGAAUCGCCUUCACUUGGACACUCACCCAGCGACGUUCCUCGAACCCCUAGAGAUUCAGGCAGCUCGUCAUUAACCUCUCCCCCGUCAUCAUCUGGUGACAGCCAGUUAAUCAAAUACAUCAAGAUGGAGGCGACUCCCAAGGCGCCAGCCAGAGGAAAUAAUCGACACCUACAACAACUGAGCACUGCGAACCGAGAGCAGCAGGGCACUCCCACCAUUCGGCGGCUUCGGCCCCGCACCCGUCGCAACGCGGGUUCUGACGACGAAUCUGUGCCGGCUGGUAGCUCCCGGCAACUGUGUCAGUCCGACUUGACGGUGACGCGCGAGACGCGUGAUCGCCGAGCGAAGCGGGAAGCAAUGCGCGUCAUGCAGGCAGAGGACACGAACAGCAGCGACGAGAAUGCUUCCGACACUGGCAGGGCGUUCGGGGACAUCCAAGACAGAUCCGAAUCCAGUAAUGAUGUGGAUGACGACUCCAUGGACGACGACGGUAGCGACGAGCCUGAAGGAUGGGGAGCCGAUGCCAGUCUUGAGGGUGUUACACACGCCAGCCUGAUGCGUCUCCGCCGCGACCAGCUCGUGCAGCUGUGUGAGCAACGCAAUCUCGAGGUGGGAGGCACAAAGCCUCAGCUCGCGACGGCCCUUAUCACCUGGCAGGAUGAACGUUUGGACAAUCUGGAGUCUGUCUCGACGACCAGCUCGCAGGACACAGCUCGCCCUUCCUCCCCCACGAUCAUGCCCGCCGUCCUGACUCACUGCCAUCGCGGGGUUGAAGACACACCUCUGCUCCAACGCAACCGCAUCCACGCCGAAAAUCCAGCCACACCGCACCCGUCCGACAGAGAUAAGCCUCGCACACCCGACAAUGAUCUCAACCUCGACUUGCAGGAGCUCGGUCUCGAAGACUUUACCAUCAAACCCGAGUUCCUUCAAAAGAUGGAAAAAAUCGGAAGCGGUGGUUUCAAGGACGUGUAUGUCGGCAAGCUGCGCGGGCGCAGGGUCGCGAUUUCGGAGUUCCGCGAGCAUCUAAGUGACAUGGACAUUCGAGAGCUCAAGCUCUUGGCAGAGUUCCGCCAUCCCAACAUUGUCCGAUUCCGCGGCAUUUGCAUUCCCGAGGACACGUCUCAAGUCCCGUGCAUGCUGAUCAGCGAGCUGUGCGAGAACGGAGACUUGUUUGAUUAUAUUCGCAACGUCUCCAACCCCUCGCUGAAGCGCGUCUUACGCCUCAUGCUGGACAUUGCUCGUGGGCUCGAGUAUCUGCAUCUGCGAAACCCUGCAGUUAUACAUCGUGACUGCAAAUCCACUAACAUUCUCAUCAACAAGCAAGGAGUCGCAAAAGUUGGAGACUUUGGACUCGCUCGUGUCAAACAGAGCACCCGGUCGAUGAUUCGCAGUCUGGUGGGCACGGUCAACUGGCAAGCCCCAGAAUUGUGGCAUCCGCAUCCAAAGUACGACUACAAGGUGGAUGUCUUCUCAUUGGCAUUGGUGUACUGGGAAAUGCUGUCGGGGUGGACUGGCGAACCAAAGUACCCGUGGGAGGGUUACAACGAGCACUACAUCUACGACGCUGUCGGGCAAAAGCACAGACGUCUCCCUCUGACUGGUCUACGGAAGCACUGGGGUGUCGAGCCCGUGAACUUGAUUGAGCGCAUGUGGCAUCAAGAUCCCGCUGAGCGGCCUACCAUGUCGGACGUGGUUGCCGACGUCGAGGCGCUGCUUGCCGACUGCCAGUGA